AUGAAGAUAUGCGGGGCCACCAUUCUGUCAAUCGCCCUCCUUCUGGGUAACUCUGUCAAGCUCCGAGCUUCCAUUACUGGGCCGGUUCCCUCGGACGGUGAUGGGCCUGCGUCUCAGGUGUGUCAGCAGUGCUGCCAGGGACCUGCUGCCAUACCCGGCAUACCAGGUCUGCCUGGGCCAGUUGGUCCGAUGGGGCCGUAUGGUCAGCCGGGGUCAAAGGGCGAUAAAGGUCAGCAAGGUGUGAUUGGCCCUAUUGGACCUAUGGGUGAGCGGGGAGCACCUGGUAACACUGGGUCUAAAGGUGACGAUGGGAUUGGUCUGCCCGGAAAAAUGGGACCCAGAGGCCCACCGGGUCUUGUUGGAGCAGCCGGUCAGGCUGGUGUCAAAGGUCAGAAGGGUGAGCCAGGACAGACACCCGACGACUCCAGUCAGCAGGUAGCAUUCACCGUGGUGAGGACGAGCACCUCGGAUGAAUCUACGAGUCACGACACCCGUUUGCCCUUCCAGCAGACCGUGACGCUUCUGCCGGGUACCAGCUUCGACCUCGAGACCGGUACGUUCACCUGUAGUGUGCCGGGCACCUACGUAUUUACGUUUUCUGUUCUUAAGAAUGGCAACAGCGGUGUCCUUUACAUCCAUCUUGUUAAAAACGACUACAAGGUUAUCAGUACCUAUGGUCACUCGAAUCAACUUGGUCAGUUGUCUGGUAGCGCGGUAGUGGUCCUGCAGCGAGGAGACACGGUGUAUUUGACCGUGUACGGUAGGGUGCAGAGUUCUUCGACCUAUCACUACAUCUCAUUCAGUGGCUUCCUCCUUUUCUCCGAAUAAAUAAAUAGUUAAAUAAAUAGAAUUAAAUCACAACGCAUAAAUAUAUAGGAGCAGUGCUGCAUUUUUUUGGUUUCGCUUUCCAUUUUGCCAAAACAGUAAUCGAUGAAUUAAAAGAAAA